AUGUCAACUCAAACAGAAACCUCUUCAGUGCCAUGCCCCUUCCACAAAGACGAUCAGCUCAAUGAUGAUUUGGAUACAUCGCUUAAUUACCUGCCAGGCCAUCCCCGGAUCAAGGUUGGGGAUGAGACGGGGUUGUUUGAUUUCAUUCGCCGCGAAGUCUGGUCAGAGGACCUCGAGUCGAUAUCGGGCAGACUCUGGUGGAUGUCGAAGCAGGAUAGCAGCAAUAUCUCUCCGUUGCAUCGACAGCGAGUGAAGGGCCGACAGAUCAUCGUGACUGAGGAUGCUCGGCUGCAUCUCGUCUGGAUCGACGACCGAAUCUACCUUAAACCCCUUCCGCAGUACAUCAUAUCCUACGCAUUCUGGGAUAUCUUCAUGAGUGAUCCGUCUAAACAUAGCGCGGCGGUGAAGCUCAGAAAGGCCGCACUCGGGUAUCUGCGGACAUAUUUCUACCUGAUCCAGCAUGAAUCAGACCUACGAAUCGCCCAAGAUCCGGCUCUCUGCCUAAUCCCUCAAGGGAUAACCUGGUCUCGGUUCUGCCAGUUCACUUCCCGUUUCAUCGACAUCACGGAUAACGAAGUUUCGGGCCGAUAUCAUUACGGAGAGAUCCGAUUGACUCGGCUCAACUAUUACGCGCCCAUGCUCCUGGGCAAAAGCCAUUACCAACGUGAGAAUUAUCAGUAUCAAGCGUAUUUUGCUCGAAUCCAAGGUCCCUUGAUAUCUGCAUUUGCCUUUUUCUCCAUCGUCCUCAAUUGUAUGCAAGUCAGUCUUGCAGCCUCUUCUUCCGAUGAGAGAUAUUCGAGUGCUUUGUUAUUUGCGAGUUGCUACUGGCUCAGCACUUUGAUCGGAUCUGUGACAGGUCUCCUCAUGCUGAUGUUGGUAAUACUUUUCCUUUCUAAAGUGAUCGGGGAGUGGAGAUUUGCGAUAGCCCAUCGGCGACGGUGGAAAAAGAAUCCACACCCAAGACUAGAGGGCCGUGUGUAA